CAGGCAGCGGGACCGCAGGCGGCGGUAGCGGAGGAGAGCGGACAGAGGGCUUCUGCGCGCGCGGCGAGGAUGGAACGUUGAUAGAGUUCGCGGGUCUCGCUGCUGGGGGCCUGAGCCGCACGCAGUGCGCCGUCGCGCUCCAGAGCGGGAAUCCGAGAGGCGGGCACGUCUGCAAUUAAUGCAAGCAUUUAAAACUCCCGAACCUGCGGACGCCAUGCAUAGGAAACACCUCCAGGAGAUUCCCGACCAGAGUAGCAACGUUACCACCAGCUUCACGUGGGGAUGGGAUUCUAGCAAGACUUCUGAACUGCUUUCAGGCAUGGGGGUGUCCGCCUUGGAGAAGGAGGAGGUGGACAGUGAGAACAUCCCCCAGGAACUUCUCUCAAACUUGGGCCACCCGCAGAGCCCUCCACGAAAACGGCUGAAGAGCAAAGGGAAUGAAAAGGACUUUGUAAUCGUCCGCAGGCCUAAGCUGAAUCGAGAGAACUUUCCAGGAGUUUCUUGGGACUCGCUUCCGGAUGAGCUGCUCUUAGGAAUCUUUUCCUGCCUGUGUCUCCCCGAACUCCUGAAAGUCUCCAGUGUUUGUAAGAGAUGGUAUCAUCUAGCGUUUGAUGAGUCUCUCUGGCAGACCUUGGACCUCACGGGUAGAAACCUCCACCCGGAUGUGAUUGGUCGGCUGCUGUCUCGAGGGGUGGUUGCCUUCCGCUGCCCACGAUCGUUUAUAGACCAACCGUUAGUUGAACAUUUCAGCCCUUUUCGUGUGCAGCACAUGGACCUUUCGAACUCGGUCAUUGACGCGUCUACCCUCCGCGGGCUCCUGUCUCAGUGCUCCAAGUUGCAGAACCUCAGCCUUGAAGGCCUGCAGCUCUCAGAUCCCAUUGUCAAUAACCUUGCUCAGAACACAAAUUUAGUGCGGCUAAACUUUUCUGGGUGUUCUGGAUUCUCUGAAUCUGCCCUGAAGACUUUGCUGAGCAGCUGCUCCAGGUUGGAUGAGCUGAAUCUCUCCUGGUGUUACGACUUCACUGAAAAGCACGUGCAGGUGGCGGUUGCACACGUGUCGGAGACCAUCACCCAGCUGAACCUUAGCGGCUACCGGAAGAAUCUCCAGAAAUCAGAUGUCUCUACCCUAGUUGGAAGAUGCCCCAAUCUUGUCCACCUAGACUUAAGCGAUAGCGUCAUGCUGAAGCAUGACUGCUUUCAGGAAUUUUAUCAGCUCAACUACCUCCAGCACCUAUCACUCAGUCGAUGCUAUGACAUAAUACCUGAAACUUUACUUGAACUUGGCGAAAUCCCCACACUCAAAACACUACAAGUCUUUGGAAUCGUGCCAGAUACUACCCUUCAACUGUUAAAGGAAGCCCUUCCUCAUCUACAGAUUAAUUGUUCCCAUUUCACCACCAUUGCCAGGCCAACCAUUGGCAACAAAAAGAAUCAGGAGAUAUGGGGCAUCAAAUGCCGACUGACACUGCAAAAGCCCAGUUGUCUAUGAAGUAUCUAUUGCAGGAUGGUGUCUCCUCCUUUCUUUGAACAGGGAAAAUAGGCAGGAAGCCCAAUUGCUGGAGAGCUCAGCUAUUUUUAUUCUUGGUUUUCCCUUGCCUUCUUUCUACAAGUAUAUUAGAGAACCAUUUGAGAGAGAAAACUUUGAAGUCUUGCUUUUUUUAAAGGACUAAGAAAGCUUUUAUCACUGCUAUACCCUUAAAAGCCUAAGUUGAUGGCCUUUUGUAAUCUUAGGAGAGUAAGCCUGUAAUUUCAGGAUAUCUUGAAGAGCAAGAUUUGAGCCACCUCUUCCAAGUGCCCUUCUUAUUAAAUCUAUUAAGAAUCAAGCUUCAAAAUCACCAGCAAAUCAUUUUCAUAGCCUAUAUGGCAGCUGAGCUUUCUUCUAUUUAAUUUGUCAGUACUGCUUUCUAAGACAUAGAUUUGCAAGAAUAAUAAGCUAUUUGUAUUAUAAGCUGAACAGAGUGAGACUCAUAGAGUAGAUUGAGGCAGUCUCUCCUGAGGAUUGAAAGAAAAAUGCUUUGAAAGAAAUUUCAGCUUUGCCUUUAGAUUUGAAAAUAGGUUGAUGGAAACAAAUAGCCCUGGGCAAUUCACCUUAAAACCUAAGUUUAAAAAAAGCAAACAACCAGCCAACCAGAGGUAGAGAGUUGGUAGAGAAUUUGAAGGCUCAGGAGGCAACUUUCUAUGACAGGUUAACCUGAACGAUCCUCUAACGCACGUGAAUGAAGUCUCCUUUAUGUACUGUGUUCCCAGGAUUCUCAAUCAGCUGAGGAAAUUUAAUUGUGGACUUCUGUCUUUAUGAUCAAAUUAUGUUAAUGUGUGUUCUUUAGCUUUUAAAAUGACUUGCUUUGUUUUAGAAAGGUGGUAGUGACCGGUCAGUCUCUAAUUCUUGAAAUGUUGGAUGGAAGGCUGAACUGAGGUUGCCUGCCAUGUUCCUUUUUCGCUGAGGUUCUUGAAGUUAUUUUUAUAUUACUCUGGAAUCAAGUAUUUUAAAUUGUCCUUUUUUUUUCUUCUUAAUGGUCUCCCACAAUGAUGGUUUGAAACUACCCAUUUUAUAAGGUUGCUGGACGUUGAGUUCCCUAAGAGGAACUGCAUGUUCCUUUCUGUCAGAAACACACACUAGAAGUAGGUGUAUGUCCCACACAGUUUCAGAGCAAGUAAGCACAACUUGCACCUACAUAAAAGUGAAGACUCAGGUGUUGAACCUUUUGCUAACAUCAGCGAUUUUUUUAAUGAUACAUAGAAGCAACAGGAUUAAAUUCUACUUAAAAAAAAAACAAAACACUAAUUUCUUUUUUAAAUUGAGGACCUCUCGUAUGUUCAAAAUGGAACAAAAGCCAGAACUCAUCCUUUCGAUUAACAUUGCUUAAGUCAGAUUUUUCAAGUGUUAGAAACAGUGGUAUGAAGUGCCCUGAUCUGUUCAGGCCUAAGGAAGGAAAUUUUCAAGUAGUGUGCUACAGGGAAUGAUUAGGUUUCAAUUUCGUAGUAGUUAAAAAGUGCUAAAUACUACUUGAAAUUAUUGUUUACAGAUUAGUGACAAGGGCUGGAGACAGGCUCCGGUUGGACUCUGACUUCCGGAUGCCCUCAGACAUACAGUACUUCCAAACUCAAGUCCAGCCAUAAGCUAUUUUGCUAACGUGUCAGAGUAAUCUGUAUUUUUGUAUGUGAUUUCUACUUUUAUAGACUUGUUUUAAAAAUAAAACACAUUUUUAUAAAAA